CAACGCUUUGCGUUAAAAUUGAUACCACAGCAUGGGAAGACUUAUCAAACUUACCUGCGGAUCCGCCGAAAAUGCGUUCCAAGUGCAGUAAAUGCGGUCGACCCGCACCGGUUUGCUGGUGUUUUGCUCUGCCUCCGAAGCCACUGAAUCCUCGGGCCCGUAUCGUUUUGCUACAGCAUCCUGCCGAAGAGAAACGUGCUCUGAGAACGGCACCAAUGUUGUCAGAAGGUCUUGCCCCGGGCAAAUGUCUUAUUUACAAGGGUAAAAAAUUUCCCCGCCAUAACGAGGAACUUGCCAUCUUGUCGGAUAAGAAUUCCCUUCUCUUGUAUCCCAGCGCAACGUCGGUUCCGAUUGAGCAAAUCGAUCCGAACGCUGGACCAUACAAUCUCAUUCUUAUCGACGGAACGUGGCCGCAGGCAAAAGGAAUCUACAGUAGUUCCACGAUAUUGCACGGUAUGCGCCAGGUGAAGCUAACGUCGUCCGGCAUAAGCAGUUACAUCAUCCGUACACAGCCUACUGAAGGUUGUCUUAGCACACUUGAGACAGCCGUAGAAGCUUUAAGCCUCCUUGAACAAGACAGGCGGUACCGUGACCAGCUACUGAAGCCCUUGCACGCUAUGUGCCAGUCCCAGCUAGAUAAUGGAGCCGUAACGCACCAAUCGAAAGAGUUUCUUAUUCGCCACAACCAAUACCUGAAACCGAUCGGGCGACGAUUGAACCGGCUUCUGAGGACAGCAGACAAUCUUAAAGGCAAUUACGACCCGGAAACGGAUGCUAAUCGGACUGAGAAAGACGGUGGACCGGAUCCAACUCAGUACUCGCGGUACUGACCAAAACGUUAACUUCUAAGUUUUAGGAUUUUAUUAUACCACUUUAUAUUGUACUGAUUUCAUAACAUAAAAUAGAGUAUAGCUUUGUUAUGUAUAUACACACACACUGCAGAACUAUCGGUGAAAUCGACUCUACUAGCGAUUUUGCAGUUGCCUCGUAGCGUGCAGUUGAUAGCCAUGCGAUUGAUUCAAUCAAUGCGCUAGUCUUUCUCUGGAGAUCUGUUGCAAAAUAACGCGUGGAUACUAAGAACGCAGAACUAAGCGACUGAGGAUGCUAAGGAGCCAAGCUAUUGGUUGGUUAUCUUAGUUGCGUCGAUAGUUAACCGAUCACCAAUUGGGAACAAACAUAGAA